AUGUCAUCAAAUAAAUCUUCAUCCAAAAAAAGAAAAAAUGAGAUAAAUUCAAAUGCCACUCACAAUAUUUUAUCUGUUACCACUAAUAACAAUAAUAGUGAAAAGCAAACUAAAAAAUUAAAAUCUACUCUUUCAGAAUCAACCACAACGAAAACUAUCACCUCACCACAACAACAACAACAACAACAACAACCACAACAAACCCAAAAUAAUAAAAUAAAUAUUAAAGAAAUCUAUAAUAUAUUUAAUAAUACAAAUAAUGCAAAUAAUACAAAUAAUUCAAAUAAUAACAAUACAGUUAGCGCAGACACAUGGGAUGGCACAACUCCAAUUGAAAAUUUAACAAUUGGACAAUUAAUAUCCUCACUAAAUGCUAUACUAAUUCUUUUUUUUUUUUUUUUUUUUUUUUUUUUUUUUUUUAAUUUCCAAAAUUUUAUAGGCAGACAACAUAAUCUUAGAAUUAUUGUUGCAGAGUAUAUGAAUUCAUUGAAUAGAUUAAUCGGAUUUACAGAAAAAACACCAUAUCUCCUAAAUUGGGUUUUAGAUAAUUUAUCAAAAUCAUUUAUAAAUUGGAAACAACCUGAGAAAUCUGAGCAAUUAAUUCAAAAAGGUAUUGAACCAUUAUUCUUUGAGGAAAGAUAUUGGACAUUAUUAGAAAGUUUGGUUACAAAACAAAUUUCAUUACAACAACAACAUCAGCAACAACAACAACAACAACAACAAAAUGAUACAACAAAUAAUUCAACCUCAACAUCUAAUUCUUCAAAUUCAAUUAAAUUGUCAAAUGAAUAUUUACAAUUUAUAUUUGAAAUUAUAUUAAAUAGUAUUAGAAAUAUUGAUUUAAAAUUAGAUAUUUUCAAUUCAACAAAUUUACAACAACAACAACAACAACCUAUCAUUAUAUCAAAAAAGAAAAAGAAUAUUAAUAUUCCAUAUCAACUUACAACAUCACCACCACCACCAAUUAAAUUAUUAGAAUUUUCAAAAAGAAUAUCUACAUUAUUAAUUAAAAUAUUUUCAAGUGAUGAAUUAAUGAAAGAGAUACCAUUAUUAUUAGAGAAUUUAAUUCCAUUAUCAAUUAAAUAUUUAAGAAAUUCAAAAGAUUUAUUAUUAAAAAAUGAAUCAACAAUAAUCUCAAUCAUUGAUUUAUAUCAAACUUUAUUCCAAUAUUUAUUAGUUCAAACUAAAUUAGGUAUAAAUUAUAAAUCAAUGUUUACAACAACUUUAUCAACACUAUUACCACAUAUAAUAACACUUUUAAAUACUUUGGAAAAUAUAUCAUCAAUAAUUCCAACAUCAUCUCAAUUGAUUGAAACAAUUGAUCAAUUUUUAAAAUGGACAUUAUAUCAUCCAGAAUCUCAUUGGGAUUCUUACUCUUUUAUUUUAUUCUCUGAUUGGUUAAAAAAGAUUGUAAAAGAUACAACAUCAAAAGAAAAAAGUAAAGAAAAUGAAAAAUUAAAAUCAAAAGAAAAUGAAAAAGAAAAAGAAAAAGAAAAAGAAAAAGAAAAAGAAAAAGAAAAAAAAAAAGAAAAAGAAAGAGAAAAACAAAAAGAAAAAGAAAAAGAAAAAGAAAAAGAAAAAGAAAAAGAAGAUUUACAAAUUUAUCAACCUCAAUUAAUUUUAGAUUGUUUAUUACAAAUUAUUAAUGGUAAUAAUCAAGUUUUGAAUAGAGUUGUUUGUUUUAAUGAAAAAGAUACAGUAUCUAGUAUUUUAGUGAAUUCACUUUAUAAAUUUUUAAUUUACUUUAUUGAACAAUAUGAAAGUUUUGGAUAUAGACAUUUUAAAGAUAUAGUACAAUGGUAUGAUAGUGCUAAUCAUAAGGAUGAAAAAUUCAUUGAGUUUGCUUACUUUAGAAAAUUAUUUUCAUUAAUUAAUACACCAACUCUAUUAUCAAAUAAUCCAACCUAUUAUGAAUCGGUUGCAAAAUUAUUAAAUCAAGUUUCAAUUUUAAAUAUCUUUCAUAUUAGUAAUCGUCAUCAAGUUGAUUAUCUUUCAAACACUGUUGCAAAUAGUUUUUAUUUAUACCUUUCAGCAUCAAAGAAUAAUAAUCAAAAUAAUCAAAAUAAUCAAAUUAAACAAGAAAUUAUAUUGAAUGGUAUUUAUAAAUGUUUAACAUCAAUAAUUAAAAUUAGUAAUACAUUAAUUGGUAAUAAAUUAAAGGAUAUAAUUUUACCACAUAUUUGGUCAAAUAACAUAUCAACAUCAACAACAACAACAACAAAAAAUACUAAAAAUGGUGAUUAUGAUGAUGAUAAUGAAUCAUUAUUAUUUAAUAAUGGAAGAUGUGAAUUUUUAAAAUCAACAUUUGAUAGUUAUUUUGAAAUUCGUCAAAUGGAUACACUUUUAACAAUGGUUUUCCAAUCUAUUAUUAGUGUACGUUCAUUUGGUAGUGAUAGUAAAUUUUCAAUUAAUCAAGAUUUCUUAAAGCAUAUUUCAAAAUUAUUCUCAAAUUUACCAUUUGGUCAAGUACCAAUCAUUUGGAGUUUAUUUUUAGAAGAAUGGCAAGGUUAUUAUAUUACUCAAUUAAAUGAAUCAAAUAAUAAAAGUUUAGGUGAUGAUAAUGACCAAAGUAUGUUGGACCCAAUGUUUUCAUAUCGUUUAGAAUACUUUAUUAAACUUUGGUCAACUUUUCUUGAUGGUAUUACAAUUUCAUCAUUUGUUUAUAAAAUGAUUUUACAAUUAUUGCCAAAUACUUUUCAAUCAAUUGUUGAUCCAAUUUUAAAUGAAAUUUAUAAAUCUUCUUCUGCUUCUUCUUCUUCUUCUUCCUCUUCGAGAAAAUCUUCAAAAUCAUCUUCAAAAUCAUCUUCCUCAAAAUCAUCUUCUUCGAAAUCAAAUGAUAAUAAUAAUAAUAAUAAUAAUAAUAAUAAUAAUAAUAAUAAUAAUAAUAAUAAUAAUAGUAUUAUAAAUUUAUUAAAAUUAUAUUCAAGUUUUCUUCAAGUUCAUUCGUUUAUACAUCGUCAAACAAUUAUAAGUGGUAAAAGUGGUGAAAAUGAAUUUGGUUAUCAUCCUCAACAAUUUUAUUAUUAUCAAUUAUGUGAAAAAGAAUUAGAAUUUAGUAAAGUUAUUGAGUAUUUAAUUAAUAAUAAUAAUUUUGAAAAUAAUUAUUCAAAUAAAUUAAUAGCAUCAAAAUUAUUAAUUCAAAGAGUUCAACAACUUCAUUCAAUUUUAUCAUCAGUUUCAAUUGCAAAUUAUAAAAGAAAUAUUAAUAAUAAUAAUAUUAGUAGUAAUAAUAAUAAUUAUAAUUAUAUUAAUCAAAAAUCAAAUAAUAGUAAAAAUAUUGAAAAUGAUAAAAUUAAAUAUAUUUCAUCAUAUUCAAAUCAACAAUAUUCACCAAAAGAUAUUGAAUAUGAAUUAAUUGAUAUAUUCAAUACUUUAAAACAACAACAAAUUCAAGAUAAAUUAGAACAACAGGAUAACAAUAAUAAAGAUGAAGAAAAUGAAGAUAAAGAAAAAAAAUUAAAUUUAUUAAUUUAUCAAAGUAAAUUAUUAAUUGAUAAUAUUAGUACAUGGUGUGAAUAUUCAACAAUUGAAAAUAUUCAAAAUAUUUUAAAAUUCAUUAUUUCACCGCCAAUUGAAAUUAAUAAUGAUGAUAAUAAUAAUAAUUGUAAAUUAAAAACAACCAACUCAAUAACAACAACAUCAAUUUAUAAAGAAUUUCAAAAAUUAUUAUCAAAUCCAUUAUUUUUUGAAUUAAAAGUUUUUCAAAAUAAUUUUCCAAUUGUGUUAUGUCAAAUGGAACGUGAUAUAAUUACUAAAGAAUUAAUUAAAUCAAAUAAAUUAUUUGAAAAAGUUACAGAAAUAUUUAAUGAUGUUCAAGAAAGAUUAAUUAAUAGUGGUAGUCUAACACCAUCAAAUACAUCCUAUGCUGAAAUUAUUAUUGAAAUUCAAGAAUGUUUUUCAAAGAAAAUUACAUUAAAAGAUUUUAAUUUAUCUGAUACUUCAAAAUGGGAAAGAUUAACAUGGUUAGUUUCAUUGGCACCAAGUUUUCAUCCACUUUAUAUUCCAAUUGAAUUAAUUGGACCAUUAGUAUUAUCAUCAAUUGCAAUUAAUCAUAUUGGUGUUUUAUUAUUAAAACAAAUUCAAGAUACUUCAACCAUUGAUAAUAAUAAUAAUGAAAAAGAUUUAGAUUAUAUUUAUAAAUUAAUUUUAUCAUCAAGAAGAUUUAUUAAAUUUUGUUUUGAAAAGGAUCAAUCAAGAUUAGUUCAAAUUAUACCAAUGAAUGUUUGGAUUGAUUUAAUUUUUAGUUCUAGAAUGUUUGAAUCAAUUGAUACAAAAUAUCCAAUUUUAUUUACAAGUUUAGAAAUUCAACAUCAUUAUAAUACUGAACUUUGGAAGCAUUCACCAAUGGAAUUAAAAAAAUUAUCUGAUAAAAUUUUAAAUAAAAAAUCAAAUAAUAACAAUAAUAAUUCUGCAGCAGCAACAACAACAACAACAACAACAAUAACAACUUCACCAAAAAUUAUUUCAACAAAUUUAGAUUUUAAUACAAUUAAACCUUAUUUAAUUGCUGGUAUUUUAAAAUCAAUUUCAACAACAAAUUCAAAUAAUCAAAUGUUAUCAGAUAUUUUACCACCAGAUCUUCAAUCAAUUAUAAAGAGUGUUGAACCAGAUAUUUCAAUAUUUUAUGAGAAAAUGUUUAAUCAUUGUUCAAGUAAUCCAACAUUUAAUAAUAUUGCACCAUUCUUUAAUGAAUAUCAAGCUGAAUUCUCUUUAUUGGUUUAUCAUCUUUGGUAUCAAUUAUAUUUCAAUGCAAUUGAUAACGAAUCAUUAUCAAAAUUAUUAAUAACUGUUUCAUUCUCUGGUGUAUUUAUUUCUGGUUUAUCAAGUAAAGGUAGUGGUUUAAUUACUUCUGUUGAUAAAUAUUCUUUAAUUCUUCAAAAUUCAAUUAUAUCAUUAUUAGAUUUAUUCUCACGUUGGUAUAGUAAAAUACCUGCAAAUCAAAGUCAAACAAGCUCAUCAUCAUCGUCAUCAUCGCCAAUGAUGAUUGAUUCAUUGCAUGCAUUAUCAUUACUUUCAAAAAUGUUAUCUUUAUAUCCAGAGGAUUCUAAACUUUAUAAAUCAAUUUCAGCUGCAAUUAUUCAAUUCUUCCAAUUAAAUAAUCAAUUAGGUUACCUUUUAAAUUCAAUUACUACAACUAUGGAAUCAUCAUCAACUUUAUCAUCGUCAUCAACUAAUUCAAUUGCAAUUCAAUCUCAAUCAUUUAAUUUACUUGGUUAUUUUAUUAGUUCAAUCAUUGGUACAAAACGUAUUAAUUUAUUAAAGAAUCCAAUUAAAUUAGUUACUGCAAUUGUAAACAUUUUAAAUCAAACAAACUCUGAAUCAUUAAUUGUAUCAGGUAUUAAUUUACUUUGUAAAUUAAUGAGUGUCAAUGUUAUUGAUGUUCAUGGUGAAUCUAUUCCAAUCAUUUUAAGUGUAAUGAGUUUCUUUUCAAGUCCAUUCAUUUAUUCAACACCAGUUAGAAGUAUUGCAAGUUUUAGUACUGAAAUCAUUCCAAAUUGUCCAAUGUCAUUAUUUAUUAAAGAGAAAUUAUCUGCUGAUAAUAAUAUCAAUAAUUUCAGCAGCAGCGGCAGUAAUGGUUUGAAAUUUAAUAACAUCACACCUUUAAUUUUAAAUUCACUCUAUAAAUUACUUUAUAUUAUUCUUAAAUUUAGAAAUAAUGAAUUAACAAAAUAUUUACCAUCUUUUGUUUCUUCUUUAAGAUUUUUAUUAUACUCAGUUGCAAACGAAACAAAUAAAUUAGGUAAUGAAAAAUCAAUUAAAAAAGUUGGUAGAUUAUUAGAAUUAUUUAGUUUAAGUAAAAAUUGUGAUCAAUAUUUCCAAUAUUUAAUUGUGGAUUAUGUUCAAUUAAUUAGAUAUUCAACAACUGCAAUCAACAAUGCAAAUAAUAACAAUAAUAAUAAUAAUAAUAAUAAUAAUAAUAAUAAUAAUAAUAAUAACAAUAAUAAUAAUAAUAGCAAUAAGAGACAAUAUGUUGGUCCACAAUAUCAUCUAUCAACCGAAAUGAGAAAUUUACUUUUGCCUGGUGUGUUCUCUUUAAUUCAACAAACAAAUAAUAGUAGUAAAGAAUUAUUUAAUGCUUUGGAAGAUACAGGAAAAGGAAUUUUCCAAAAUAUUAUUUCUCAAUAUCAAUCAUAUAAAUAUACUGGAAAAUAA